UUUCAAUGAAAUAUAGGGACGGUUUGACCAGAUUCCUAGAUUUUGCAUUUGCCAAUGCAUCAUCUGAUGGGAUGAUACGUUGUCCAUGUCCGAAGUGUGGCUUCCUCCUCUUACAAAAUAGAGAGGAUGCGUUUGAUCACUUGGUGAUCAACCCUUUCCCGUCUACUUACACAUUUUGGAUCCAUCACGGUGAGAGACGCAGGGUCGAGAGCUCUUGUGACGGACAAGAAGAUCAAUCUGAACAACAUUUCAAUGCCUCGAUGCUUGAUAUGGUCCAUAAUGCAUUUAACUUCUCAGGACUUCCCGGUCCCGAAGAAGACUCAGAGAAUGAACCUGACGGCGGCGCUAUGGAUGAGUUGCCUUACUUAUACAAUGAACCUAGUCGAGAGACCCGCAACUUUCACGACCUACUCGAAGACGGGGAGCAGGAGUUAUACUCAGGAUGUUCAAAGUUCUAUAAGUUGUCUUUCUUGGUGAGGCUCAAUCAUAUUAAGUCCAUGUGCGGAGUGAGCGAUAAGGCCUUCGGAAUGAUAUUGGAGUUGCUCACGGACGCCUUUGAGCAUGCCUGGAUUCCAUCCACUGUGCACGAUGCCAAAAAAGUCAUAAGAAAACUCGGCCUCGCGUACAAAAAGAUAGAUGCAUGUCCAAAUGACUGCAUGCUAUACCAGGGCAACGACCAAGAGCUGACCAAAUGCAAGCAGUGUGGGACAUCGAGAUGGAAGCAUAAGACUAAAAAGAACUCUAGGGUGAGGAUCAAGAUGGUUGUCAAGAAGAAUGGCAAACCACAAGCGGCGAAGAUUCUUCAUUACUUCCCCCUUAUUCCACGAUUGCAGAGGUUAUAUAUGUCUAGUAAGACAGCCGUUGACAUGAUGUGGCAUAAGAGAGGUCCUAACUCUAAUGGUAUGUAUAGGCAUCCAAGGGACGCCGAGGCAUGGAAGUCAUUUGACAUACGAUAUCCCGACUUCUCUCGUGAUCCGCGUAGUGUUCGCCUGGCAUUAGCUAGCGAUGGCUUUAACCCUUUUGGGAACAUGAGCUCGAAGUACUCAAUUUGGCCAGUGUCGAGAAAAAAAACCUUCAAGAUGCAUGCUGCGUUGAUGUGGAUAAUCAGUAAUUUUCCAGGCUUGGGGAACUUAUCUGGGUGGAACACGUACGGUGGGAGAGCCUGUCCUGCGUGCAAUUCGGAUACUGAAACUAACUGCCUUACACACAGCCAGAAAUGGUGUUUCAUGGGUCAUCGUCACUUUCUGAAUCAUGACCACAAAUACAGAAAAGGCCGGUACUCCUUUGAUGGAAAGAUAGAGGAUAGAGGUCCACCUAUUAGAGUCUCUGGUAGAGACAUUAUCCGGCAGUUAGAGGGUGUGCAUGUCCAAUUUGGCAAGGUGCAAUCUAUUACGGGGAAAAGGACACGCAGACAGCAAACUCCCAUGCAAGAUGAAACUCCUUGGAAGAAGAGGAGUAUAUUCUUUGAGCUGCCAUAUUGGAAGAACAAUGAAUUGUGUCACAACCUUGAUGUCAUGCACAUAGAGAAGAAUGUGUACGACAACAUAGUAUUCACCAUAAUGAACGAGAAAGCGCAAGUUGUCGGGGCUGAAAAGCCACGACUGUCACAUUCUAAUGGAAUAUCUACUUCCAAUCGUGUUAAGGAAUGCAUUGUCUCUCCAAGUGUCUUCUGUCCUGGCGGAUUUGUCAUCCUUUUUUUGUCGAUUAUGCAGCAAAUCCAUAGACCCUCAACAACUUCCUCUCCUUCAGAAUCACGUGGUUCAUACUCUGUGUCGCAUGGAGACAAUUUUCCCUCCUUCUUUCUUCACAGUGAUAGUUCACUUGACAGUGCAUUUGGUCGAGGAGGUACCUAUGUCGUCUCAAGCAGUACGUGCAUAACAGAUCACAACCAGAGGGCUCAAUUGCAGAGGGAUACUUAUUCGAGGAGAUUCUUGUAUUCUGUUCAAGGUACUUAG